AUGAAUUUCAAGUCCAAAACACCUUUGUUUUUCCUUUUCCUUUCGGUUCUCCUAACUUCAACGUUGGCUAUCCGGUUGCCUAACCCCCACCAUGAGCGCGACCCACGGCAUGAGCUGAGGGAGUGCAUGCAGCACUGCCAGAGGCAGCCAUACGGCCGUGAGCAGCACGAGUGUAUCCAAGAAUGUCACGAGGAUUACAAGGAGAGGCAGCAGGGGGAGAGAGGUCAAUGGGGUAGUAGUUACGAUGAGGAGUUGCUAGACGCAAUGAUUAAUCCUCGUCGUGGCGACCCUCAGGAGUACUUGCAGGAGUGCCAGAGAGAAUGCAGGGGCGAAGCUAGGCGCGGUGAUGUUGCAAGGGAGUGGGAGUGUGAGAAGAGGUGUGUUGAUGAGAGGAUUAGGCGUAGGGAGAGGCAGCAAAGAGGUAGGCAGUCUGAUGAUGAGGGUGAUAACGAGUUCGACUCCGAAGACAGCGAGGAUGAUAGGAGUUACCGUGAGUGCCAACAAAGGUGUGAUAGGCAAAGGGGUAGUCAGAAAUUUGAGUGUCUAAGGAAGUGUCAGCAGCAAAGAAGGGGAAGCCGCGAUAGCGAAGAGGAAUCUGACAACCCCCACCGUGGACAGGCACAAGAGCGACUCAGGGAAUGCCAAAGGAGAUGCGAGAGGCAACAGGAAGGGUUUGAAUGCCAGGAGAGGUGCCAAAAGGAGUUCCAAAGGCAGCAAGAGAGACGCCAAGGAAGGCAUUACGAAGACGAAGAUGAUGUAGAGGAGACCGAGAACAGGCGUGAACGUGAACACCCACAACAACGCCUCAGGGAAUGCCAGCAGAGGUGCCAGAGACAAGGACAAGGAUAUCAAUGCCAGCAGAGGUGCCAAAAGGAGUUCGAGAGGCAGCAAGGCCAAGGAAGACGCUACCAAGAAGAAGACGAUGAGGAAUCCGACAACCCUCACCGUGAUCAGCCACAACAACGCCUUAGGGAAUGCCAGCAGAGGUGCCAGAGACAACAACAAGGACACGAGUGCCAGCAGAGGUGCCAAAGAGAGUUCCGAAGACAACAAGAGAGAGGCCAAGGAAGAAGCUAUGAAGACGAAGACGAGAACCCUCGCCAUCAUGACCCACAGCAACAACGCCGGUUCCGUGAAUGCCAGCAAAGAUGCCAGAGGCAAGGACAAGGUUUCGAAUGCGAAAAGAGGUGCGAAAGAGAGUUCCGAAGGCACCCUAUGUUGGCUUCCUUCAUGGAGUUCACUGGAUUGUUUUAA